AUGAACUGGGCAACGCCUUGGAAUAAUAAUUCAACAAUCUCAUCUUUACCUCCUCCAAAUCGUCAUUAUUUAGGCUAUCCUUCUGCAUUUAAUAGCAAUGGUACUUCACACUUUGUCUCUGGUACGACGCCUAUGCAAAGAUCGAAAUUAACGACUACAGUUUGGGAAGAUGAAGGAACAAUUUGCUAUCAAGUAGAUGCUAAAAGUAUCUGUGUUGCACGUCGACAAGAUAAUGAUAUGAUUAAUGGUACAAAACUACUUAAUGUUGUUGGCAUGUCCCGUGGAAAACGCGAUGGUAUCCUUAAGAAUGAGAAAGGUCGUGUUGUUGUUAAAGUAGGAGCUAUGCAUUUAAAAGGCGUUUGGAUUACUUUUUCUCGUGCUAAAGAUUUAGCUACAAAAUUCAAAAUUGUAGAUAUUCUUUACCCUUUAUUUGUCGAGGAUCCUUCUGUCUUUUUAGCUACUUCU